AAAGGACAGUUGUACCAAUUACUAGCAAAAAAGAUAGAGUUUGAGAGAAAUCAGUGGUCAUUCUUGUUUGCAAAUUACUCUUAGCAUUCAACAGAUUUGAGAAAUGGAGAAUGGGUUAACAGUUGGUGGUGCAUUUCUCUCUUCAGCUUUGAAUGUUCUCUUUGAUAGGCUUGCUCCUCACGGUGAUCUGCUCAACAUGUUUCAGAAGCAUACGGAUCAUGUUUGGCUCUUCAAGAAGCUGAAAAGGACUUUACUUUGUCUUCAAGCUGUGCUAAGCGAUGCAGAGAGUAAGCGAGCAUCAAAUCCAUCUGUGAGUCAAUGGCUUAAUGAGCUUCGAGAUGCUGUCAACUCUGCUGAAAACUUAAUAGAAGAAGCUUUUAGGCUUAAGGUGGAAGAUCAGAGUGAUGAAUUUUGCUGUAACAUAAAGGUAAAGGUGGAAGACACUAUUGGAACAUUGGAGGUGUUGCAAGAGCAAAUUACUGACCUUGGCUUAAAGGAGCAUUUUGUUUCGACUAAACAAGAAACUACCACACCUUCAACUUCUUUGGUUGAUGAAUCUGAAAGUGCAAGUGGAGAAAAGCCAACUGUAGUUCCUAUUGUUGGAAUGCACGGCGUGGGUAGGACAACACUUACAAGAAAAAUUUUAUUACGUGAGAGGCUCACUUAUUGUCAUGAGUUGUGUGAAGAUUUCUUUGCUGCCAAAUGUACAAUAUGA